GAGGCGAGGAGACAAGUCGUGUUAUUGUUUAAAGGCUGGAAUCUCACAGUGCCCCUUUAAUGAUCAGCGUACCUUGGACAGAUGUUGGGUAAAGAAGACUGCAUCAUCAUUGACCUCUUCCUCCCCCACAACACACACUAACUUCAAAUCACGGGGGUGAGUGCUGGACAUUUCGCACACGUUUUAGUUUAAAUUAAGUAAUGUUUGCUAUUCCUAUUAAAACUCUUAUUGCGCAUUUCUUUUUUAGUUACAUCUCGUCUUGUUCACAAUGGUUAAAUGUCCAGAUUAGACCUCGACAUGACAUUCCAGCAAUUGCUAAAUAUUUCACGACAAAAGGAAGAUACGAGGAAGUAAACCCUUACCUUGUAGAUGACAUACUCGCUGUAAACAAGUCUCUUGUGAAUCCUUCCUUUGAAGAAUGUCGCGAAAUCCAUCUAACCGCUAUCAUACGACACGGCACAAGGUACCCGACGACCAAAAACGUUAAGAAAAUGCGAGCAUUUCACAACCUGGUACAGAACGCACCUGAAGGAGAGAGCUGGCUGCGUAACAUUAGGCAGUGGAAGAUGUGGUACACUGAUGAGAUGGAUGGCCGCCUCGUUCAGAAGGGAGUCCUCGACCACAGGCAUUUGGCUGUUAGGUUGUCAAAAUUGUUCCCAUCGUUGAUAUCGAAGGAGAAUUUACAAGGUGGUCAUAUCAAGUUCAUAACUAGUUCUAAGCACAGAUGUGUCAACAGUACCGUUUCUUUUUACGGAGGACUGGGGAAGCUGUGGGAUAUUGAAGAUGAUCUUGACUUCAAGGUGAAUGACACCCUGAUGAGGUUCUUUGACCAAUGCACCAGGUUUGUGGAGACGGUUGACAAGAACCAGUCAGCCUUGGCUGAGGUGGACAAGUUCAUAGCCAGUGCAUUCAUGAGAAGGGUGCAGGAGAAGCUGGCAGACCGGCUUCUGGUCCCCUACAGCAACAUUACCUCAGACAUGGCAGAGGCUUCAUUUUACCUGUGUGCUUACGAGUUUGCCAUCAAGACAAUCAACUCCCCCUGGUGUCAACUUCUUGAUGAGGAGGAUGCAUUGGUUUUGGAAUAUGCAAAUGAUCUGAAGCAGUUCUGGAAACGAGGUUAUGGUCAAGACAUCAACAGCAAGUCAAGCUGCAUCCUCUUCCAUGAUGUCUUCAGCCGCCUGGAUAGAGUCGCCAGUGAGAUCAGGUCUGGCAGUAAUGUGACAGAAGCAGUGACCAUCCAGGUUGGUCAUGCUGAGACACUCCUGCCUCUACUGACCCUGCUGGGAUUCUUCAAGGACAGCAUGCCCCUGACUUCUAGUAACUAUGUCAACCAGGCCCAGCGUGCCUUCCGCACCAGCAGGAUGCUACCCUAUGCUGCUAACCUGGUCCUGGUGCUAUAUGACUGCAACGGGGAGCUCCGUCUUCAGGCAAUGCUGAAUGAGAGGCCUAUAGAAUUCCCUGGCCUGGCUGUUCACCAAGGAGUACAGGGAGCUCCGCUAUACCAGGAUGUCAGAGAGCACUACAAGGAACUGCUCCAGGGCUGUAAUUUUGAGAAGGAGUGUCAUCUGUUCCCAUCAAAAUGAGUUAGCCAGUGUUAGUUACCUGACUGACUUUCUAGAUUUAUCAGUCAAGUGCAUAAAAAUUAUACAUGUGGUUUGAGCAAUGUGUUACCAGAUUUGUGGUAGUUCCCUACUUUACUCUUUAGGCUAGAGAAUUUGCUUUAGAGGGAAAUGUAUGUGCAAUUGUAUCCUUUGCACAAUCAUUGAAUAAAAAUUGGUUUUAACAAA